GCAACAACCAUAUUUUAUAAAUCUUUUGCAAUUUUCACUUUCAUUCAUAUAAAUAAUAGACCAUUCAGAGUCAUCCCAUCUUAUCUUAUACUAUUUAUUGGCGAUAUUCAACUAUGAGUAUUGGCGAAGAUCUUCCACCCGAGCUUGUUGAAGCUGAGACAGGGUCGGAUGAAGAAAAGCUAAUCAAGGUGCCUAUUACCAUUGUGACCGGAUACCUUGGGGCCGGAAAGACUACGCUACUCAACUACAUCUUAACUGCCCGACAUGGAAAGAAAAUAGCAGUCAUAAUGAAUGAAUUUGGUGAUUCACUCGAUAUUGAAAAGUCCUUGACAGUUAAUAAAGGUGGUGAGCAAGUUGAGGAAUGGCUCGAAGUUGGCAACGGCUGUAUUUGUUGCUCUGUGAAAGACUCUGGAGUAAACGCUAUUGAAUCGUUGAUGGAAAAGAAAGGUGCAUUCGACUAUAUACUCCUAGAGACUACAGGCCUAGCAGAUCCUGGUAAUCUAGCACCCUUGUUCUGGGUCGACGACGGGCUUGGAAGCACCAUCUACCUAGACGGCAUCGUCACACUAGUGGAUGCGAAGAAUAUCCUUCGUAGCUUAGAUGAUCCAUCAGGAAAAGUUGAAGGUCACGAAGACCAUGACGGUCACGGCCCUCUGAUGACGACCGCUCACGUCCAGAUUUCUCAUGCGGAUGUUAUCGUCAUUAACAAAUCAGACCUAGUUGAACCCGCGGAACUCGAGAACGUCAAGGAGCGGAUCCAAGCGAUCAACGGUCUCGCGAAGAUCCACGUGACGAAACAAAGUGUUGUGCCCCAAUUAGAGGGUUUCUUACUGGACUUACAUGCAUAUGACCAAGUGGAGGUAUUAGAUACUGCGGGGAAGGGCCAUAGUCAUCUUGAUCCUACCAUUUCCACAGUCUCUAUCGACGUGCCGCUUCUGGCUCCUGAGCAGCUCGAGCAAGUCGACAGCUGGAUUAGAUCGUUGUUAUGGGAGAGCCAAGUACCAGGUGAAACGACCAAUCCGGAAGGAGCUAUUGAAAUCCACCGUCUAAAGUCCCGCCUCGUUUUCAAGAAUGGCAACGUAAAAAUGGUGCAAGGGGUCAGAGAAGUAUUCGAGAUUUUUGCCGGGGAGCAAACAUCCAGCCGACGCGACGAGCUCCCACAAAGAGGAAAACUAGUCCUCAUCGGAAGAGGCGUUCGAGGGUUUGACUUUGAGAGAAGUUUACUCAGUGUGCUCCAGGAUAGAUGACUAGGUUCUUAUGGAUGAAAUAUCGAUAACACCUGAAUUAGUGUUUGGAGAAUAUACUGGACAGGUACCUACCUAAUAGUAGGUGGGUGAUCAAGUGAUUCUUACCUAACUAUGGAAGGAGAACAUAGAUUUAGGAAGAAAUUACAUAUGACCCUAGAGGCUGAGGAAAGAACUGGGGAAACAGCACGGGCCUAGUACUACGUAGCACAUGCAACUUACUUUUACCGCGUAGAUAAAUAGCUAUAAGUGGGUCUUUUAACGCGAUUUGGCUUAGCUCAUCCUUAGAACAAGCCAACCCCAG